AUGGAUUCGACUAUUGAGACGCCAAACAUCAAAUUUGAUGUACCUAUCGAGAAAAGUCAAGAGAAUUUGCUUGAUCAGUCCUCGAAAGAAUUCGAGCUGCCGGAGCAUACUAUCAUAACAAGCGAGGAUCAAACGCAGCAUCUUUCCGCCCCUCAAGUGGCCCAGAAAGGACAGUAUCCCCACUCCACAGAUCCUUUUGAAGCUUUGAUCGAAGAGUUAAAGCGGCUUGAUCAAGAUGAUCAACAGCUUGCUUCGCAAGCCUCCCUUUUAAUUGGACUUUAUCGACGGCUAUGGGAAGCUUACACUGCAAAACACACGACGAAUCAGUAUCUCGUGAAAACGAACCAGCAGCUUCGGACUGUCAAUGUUCAAUUGGGACAAGAGCGUGAACUGCUCGAGCGCCGACAUGCAAACCAGGAGGCACUAUUGAGCUACUUUGGCCAGGCUUUUGAUAAGGUACGAGAUGGGAUCGCGGGAGUUCUAAGAGACUGGGAUGGUUCCUACGUCGAUGAGACAGCCUUGCCCAGAGGAGUUACCAGCGCUGCAGUCUUACCAUCACCAUAUGCCGGGACAUAA